AUGUCCAAACGCGCUCAACCUCCUUGGAGUCCUCCGGAGCUAUCGGACAAUCAGCCAGUUUUGAAACUCUAUAAUAGUUUAACUAGAAAGAAGGAAACCUUCGUACCCUUGUCCGGAAAGAAGAUAAAAUGGUACAGCUGCGGGCCUACAGUGUACGAUGCCUCCCAUAUGGGACACGCCAGAUCGUACAUUACAUUCGAUAUACUGAGAAGAGUACUGUCCGGUUACUUUGGCUACGACGUAUUCUGCGUAAUGAAUAUAACUGAUAUCGAUGAUAAAAUAAUCAAAAGAGCUAGACAAAAUUUCUUAUUCGAUAAAUACGUAUCGGAGAAUCACUCAUUGGAAACCAUUGUUUCGGAUGCUAAGCACGUUCUAAAUAACGUGGCAAAUAAAGCAAAAACUAGUACCGAUCCGGACAAAAAGCAGAUGUUCGAAAACACAUUAAAUAGGUUAACGAAAUCCAUCGAAAACCUCGAGAACGCAGUGAAGGGUGGCGAUUCGAAUAAAUUAGCAGAAACCACCCAUCAAUUCGUGCAAGACUGCAAAGACCCUUUAUCCGAUUGGUUGGAUCAACAAUCCGGAUCUAAAGUAACCGAUAAUGAUAUUUUUACCUCGUUACCCAGGCAUUGGGAGGAAGCCUUCUACACAGACAUGGACGCUUUGAACGUACUCAGACCUAACGUAGUAACGAGAGUCAGCGAGUACGUUCCCGAAAUAAUAAACUACAUUAAAACUAUAAUAAGCAACGGCUUCGCUUACGAAGCCAACGGUUCCGUGUACUUCGAUGUCGGGGCCUUCGACAAAUGCGACAAACACGUUUACGCUAAACUGGUACCCGAAGCUUACGGUGACACGAACUGUUUGCAAGAAGGAGAAGGUGAUUUGACGACUGCCGAUCAAAGGAGCGAGAAACGUUCGCCCAAUGAUUUCGCUUUGUGGAAGAAGAGCAAACCGGGCGAGCCCUCUUGGGAAUCGGAAUGGGGCCCAGGAAGGCCCGGUUGGCACAUCGAAUGCUCGGCGAUGGCUUCGAAUAUAUUCGGGGAGACUUUGGAUAUACACACGGGCGGGGUGGAUCUGAAAUUCCCCCAUCACGAUAACGAAAUAGCCCAAAGCGAAGCGUAUUUCGAGCGGCCCGAUUGGGUUAAAUACUUCCUGCAUUCGGGGCAUUUGACUAUAGCAGGAUGUAAAAUGUCCAAGUCUUUGAAGAAUUUCGUUACGAUUCAAGAUGCUCUAUCGAAAUACACGUCCAGGCAAUUGCGGUUCGCUUUCCUCCUCCAUUCCUGGAAGGAUUCCCUGGAUUACAGCCCGAACACCAUGGAAAUCGCUUUGAAUUACGAGAAAUUAUUUAACGAAUUUUUCCUUAACGUGAAAGACAGAACUCGACAAACUUGCUCAAGCGCCACAACGGUAGAUACUUUUACCAAAUGGGGCGAACAUGAACUGGCAUUGAAUGAUAAAUUUAUGAAAACUACGGCAGAUGUUCAUGCUGCUUUAUGUGAUAACAUCGAUACCCGAUCGACUUUAGAUUCCCUGAGAGAUCUCGUCACAAACACGAACGUUUAUUUCGGCGACCGAAAACCCCCGAACGCGCUUCUUCUACAAGACAUCGCGCUGUACGUUACCAAAAUUUUGAAAAUUUUCGGCGCCAUCGAGGACAAGGAAUGCCUAGGUUUUCCCAUGAGCAAAGAAUCGGCCGGUAAUGAUGUCGAAGGGCUCGUUUUGCCCUACGUUUCCGUUCUGGCCGAUUUCAGGGACAGAGUCAGGACGAGCGCCAGGUCCUUAAAAGCCGCGGACAUUCUGCGCAUGUGCGACGAAUUGAGAGAUGAAGUCUUGCCGAACAUCGGAGUCAGAUUAGAGGAUCGAGAAGGUGAAUCUACCGUGCUGAAAUUAGUAGAUAGGGAGACGCUGUUGCGGGAGAGAGAGGCGAAGAAGGAGGCGGAACGGGAGAAGAUGGCCGAAAAGGAGAGGAAGAAGAAGGAACAGGCGGCGAAGGAGGAACUGAAGAAAAUACCGCCGAGCGAAUUGUUUCGAAGAGAAACCGACAAGUACUCGAAAUUCGAUGAAAACGGAUUUCCCACGCACGAUAUCGAAGGAAAGGAGAUUAGUAAAGGGCAGAUGAAGAAAUUGCAGAAGUUGUAUCAAGCGCAGGAGAAAAAAUACCAUGACUACUUGGCUUCGCAGCAAUCUUGA